CAUGGGUGCUUCACUACUUAAUCCGUCACCUGACUCGCACACUCCACGUGGUGAUCGAUAUGCCAUGGAAUCUGGCGCAGUCUCUCCUCAGAGCUCCCAGGACGCCGAAGACGCCGAAGACGCGAAGCUGGGCUCGGUGACCUUGGUCGAGGUCCCUGGGCGUGCCAAUGACAUUGAAGAAGCAGUGGCAGCAGUCGGUGGGCCGAAGGCGGUCACUGACGCCAUUGUCAACAAGGGCAAGCUUCGCCUUCGACUUUGUCGGAGAUACCAGUUCCAGGCACCUCUGCCCAUGAAACGACACAGGACGUCAGACCUUCUAGUCAAAGCUCGCAAGAAAGAAGAUGGCACAUGGGACUAUGAGGCCAUCGCCUGGGUUCCGACCUCCUUCCGAACCGAGGUCCUGGCCGACUUUCUCUUUGUGCCGGGCUCGGAGCUGAAGCACGGAGAACACUCCAUCAUCGGGUCCAUCGAACAGGAGAUCAGCGGCGAAGGCGUUUCAGGUGCUCCUUACAUGCCCCCGGCAUACUUCACAAGGGUCGACACGCCACAAGCCUAUGACUUCGAGGAGAACUCCUUCCUAAAGCGGCAGCGGAAUCCGGAGGUCAAAGCCAUUGCGGGUACUUCGGAGGCGAAGCUGUACCGCGACUGGGUUGGGGUGCACAUCAUGAAGUUCAACAACAAAGAGCCGCCCACGAAACCACCUGAAGGAGCCAAGGACUCUUUGCGAGAGGAUGAGAAGCAAAUUGUCGCCGGGCUGGAGAAGCUCUUCGCAGAGCGGCCGCUGUGGCUCCGAGGCCCUGCGGAGGAGCGGCUCAAGGAGAUGGGCUUGAGUGCCAACGUGAGCACGAUGCAGAAGAGCUUCAUUUGUGUUAGCUACCUCUGGUCAGAUGGCCCUUGGCGGCAGGUCUACAUCCGUUUGGGCUUCGACCCGCGCACCGAUCCUGGGACACGCUUCAUGCAGGUGAUCGACUUCCGUGAUCGCUUACUCAAGGAACGCCGCGCCUACUUCGAGCGAGUGCAAGGGACCAUGGAUCAGCAACCUGUGCAAGCCCUUGACUGUCACUUCCGCACGCCUCCGGUGAAUCGCUCCCAACUCUAUCAAUACCUGGAUAUUGAGGAUGAGGUGGUUCAGCAGAUCCUACAGUCCUCAGAGGUUUUGAAGGAGUGUUCUUUCAAGACCGGCUGGUUGCCCCAGCAGACCUUGGAUGCCAUUCGUGAACGGAUGGCCGUGAAGGCCGAGCUCUUGCGCCGCUCGCGGCAACAUGCGCUCCAGGAUGCGACAACUCCUGCAGUGGCUAAUGAGGCUGCCUCCUCUCAGAAAAAGAAGCGGGAUGCCCAAGCUCCCGAGGCUCUCAAGGAUGAGGCGAGCGGCACGCGGUGGUGGACAUGCUGAUUCACGUGUUGUACAACACAUCCUUCUCAGAAAAUCCUGAAGUUGUUGGGAGAAGUAUACACUUGUCACUCACAGCUUGCCACUCUUCAAGCACUUCAAGCACUGGCAAGUGAAGUUGCGCUGUUUCAUUGAGGCUACAGAAUAAUCUACGUGUUAAAAGUUGCGCUCAGCUGCAGUGGCCCUCCAGCCACUCCAGUCUUCAAACAAC